AUGGCCGGCGCCGUGGUGCGGAGCCUCGGCUGCGCUCUCCUGGCCGCCUCCCCCGCCCGGGGCCUGCUCCUCGGCGGCCGCGGCCACGACGCGGCCUCCGAGACCGCCUCCGCGGAGUCCGGCCUGGACCUGGACGACCUGCUGCAGAUCGCCCCCCCGUCGCCCCCGGACCGGCCCGUGCUCGUGCCCCCCGCGGACCAGCGGGGAGGCCUCCGCCACGGGCGCUCGCCCCGCCCCGCCGCGAGCAGCCUCCUCGAGAGCAGGACCGUCGUCGAGCGGGGGGCGGGCGCCGGCACGGGCGCGGGCGCCGGCUCCGGCUGA